AUGGUGAAAGUAUCUCUAGUUUGUUCUGAAAUUUAUCAAAAUGAAUCUGGCAGCAAAACUCACAAAUCGAAGAAAAUGAAACGCAAAUAUGACGAAAGUGUUGUGAUUAUCGAUUGUAAAGAAGAAAAACCAAAGAAAAAGAAGCAUAAAAAUCUCAAAGAAAAUGUUGAAAGUGACAAAAAUGAAGUUCCUACUGCAAAGGAAAAACCUAAUGAAUCAGAUGUUGUAGCCAAAGAAAAUGAUUCAAAGAAACCAGAGAAUGCUGAUAGCAAAAAAAAGAGAAAAGCAAGACAUGCUGGACGAGAAGAGAGAAAAAAAGAAAAGGCUAAAAAGAAAGAACUCAUAGCAAAUGGAACUAUUCCUCCAGAAACAAAAACUAAAAACAAAAAGCGCAAAAGGAAAUCAAAAAAGAAUAAAAAAGAUAAAAAUUCCACUGAAAGUCAACCUCGGCCUAAAGGUGAUAUUCCCCUUGAAGAUGCAUCCACAGCAGAAUAUAAAGCCAAAGAAUUUUUGAAAGCCUGGAAUAAAGAUAAAACAAAUUGGAAAUUUGUCAAAACCCGACAAAAUUGGUUGGUUCAUCACUUGUAUAAUCCUGAAAAGAUUGAUGAUAAAAUGUUUAAAGUUGCAUUAAAGUAUUUGGCUGGCAUGAAAGGUUACAGUCGAGAGAUGACACUUGAACAAGCCAAGAGUGUUUUGAAUGUAGCCAGUGGUGAUGCUACUGCAAAAAUAUACAAGAAAAUUGUGCUCUCAGAUAAACCAGGUGAAAUCCAAUUAGCACGUGCCCGUGAAGUUAUCCAGAUACUUUAA